AUGAUAAAUUAUAAUUUCAAUCACAUCGCCAUCUUCUUCGUUCUCAUCUCAAUUUUCGCUCCUCGAGUUUUAUCAGCAGUAGAAGAUUGUGGAGCAGAAGAAGACAAUGCAUGUGUCAACAAAUCCAAAGCUUUACCCUUAAAAAUCAUAGCUAUAGUCUCGAUAUUAAUCACUAGCAUGAUCGGAGUAUGUCUUCCACUGGUCACGCGUUCUAUCCCAGCCCUAAGCCCGGAACGAAGCCUUUUUGUGAUGGUUAAGGCAUUUGCUGCCGGAAUUAUCCUAGCAACGGGGUUUAUGCACGUCCUACCGGACUCAUUCGACAUGUUGUCGUCAAGUUGCCUUAAGGAGAACCCGUGGCAUAAGUUUCCCUUUACUGGAUUUGUGGCUAUGUUGUCCGCUAUAGUAACGAUGGGUAUUGACUCUAUAGCUACUAGUUUGUAUAGCCAGAAACAUCAAGGUGAUGUUGAUCAGGAAAUGGGUGCAGUAAAUGAUGGACAUUCACAUGGUGUUGAUGACGCAAAACUACUAAGAUACAGAGUGAUUGCCAUGAUGUUAGAGCUGGGAAUCAUAGUUCACUCAAUAGUGAUAGGGAUUUCACUUGGUGCUUCAAACAAUACAUGCACAAUUAAGGGACUUGUUGCUGCACUUUGCUUUCAUCAAAUGUUUGAAGGAAUGGGACUUGGUGGUUGCAUUCUCCAGGCUGAGUACAAGCUCCUGAAGAAUGCACUAAUGGCAUUUUUCUUUGCAGUAACAACCCCAUUUGGUAUAGCACUUGGUAUAGUAUUGUCAACUACUUAUGAAGAAAAUAGCCCUCGUGCUUUAAUAACUGUGGGCUUGUUGAACGCCUCAUCUGCUGGCCUUUUGAUUUACAUGGCUUUGGUGGAUCUUCUUGCUGCUGAUUUUAUGGGUGACAAAUUACAAGAAAGUGUGAAGCUACAAAUCAAGUCAUACAUGGCCGUUCUACUAGGUGCCGGUGGAAUGUCUCUCAUGGCCAAAUGGGCCUAGUUUUGUUUUGACAAAUUAACUUUGUGAAAUCCCUUCUUCCUUCAAUUGAAAAA